UUCAUAUAUAGUACAGGCGCACUUCGCCGAAUAAUAUACACACUUUCAACGGCACUCAUUUGUGGGUUAUUUGAAUAAAUAUUUUAACUCAAAACUAAACAAAGACCAAGGUGUGACGCGGACUUAAUUUCAUCAUUUUUAACAGCUCCUCAAGAAUUUCCCCUCACUUUCUCGUGAGAGAGUUUUUGACAGUUGAGUUAUUGUUUGAAAUCCUCACGGAUCGACCAUGGCUGAGACCGCAGCGACACCCGCAUCCAGGCCAAAGAAGGCGAAAAGCUCCAAGAAAGCGGCGUCGCAUCCCAAAUACUCUGACAUGAUCAAAGCGGCCAUCGCCGCCGACCGGAGCCGCAGCGGCGCGUCGCGUCAGUCCAUCCAGAAGUACGUGAAAAACCACUACAAGGUGGGAGACAACGCCGACUCCCAGAUCAAACUCGCCCUGAAGCGUCUGGUGGCCGGUGGGCUCCUUCGCCACACCAAGGGCAUCGGUGCUUCGGGAUCCUUCAAACUGGCCAAAGCUGAUGACGUCAAAAAGCCCGAGAAACCCAAACCAGCAGCCGUGAAAGUCAAGAAGCCAGCCAAAGCCGCUGCCAAACCCAAGAAAGCCCCCAAGCCCAAGAAAGUGGCGAAAUCCCCAGCGAAAACUAAGAAAGCUGCCGAGAAGAAAGUGAAGAAGGUGGCGGAGAAGAAGAAAUCGCCCGUUAAAGCCAAGAAAGUGGUCAAGAAGGCGAAGGUGGCCAAACCUGCCAAGGCGAGCAAAGCCAAGAAGGCGAAAACGGCGAGACCCAAACCCAAGACGUCGACCAGGAAAACGGGGAAAAAGAAGUAAAGGGAUUUCCAGCCGACGGACGGACUCAUUCAAAACUCGGUGUAAAUAAACUUUUUCGAAGGAAAUGUUUUUUGGUAUAUUGUUAUUUUUCUAAGGUCUUUGUGCGCGCACUUUUACAGCGUGUUUCUCCAGAAACUUUUUUUGUGCGCAAUUGUGACUCUAUAAAGAAGAUCCGAGACAUCGAAACGGCAUCAAAACUAUUUAUUUAAAAAAAAAAAUUCCUGGACUUUUUUUUUUUUUUUUCUUUAACUAAGUUGAACUGUAUUGCACACUAUUAUCAUCCUCAUCCAGAGACAUAGUAAUUAAUUUGCCAAUUAGAUAUGUCGAUGCUUAUUUUAGGUCAUUCUAGGACUGUGAAGAACAAUAAUAAAAUGUCUUUGUAUGAAGAACGGUGACUUAUAUAUGAUGGCGAUGUACAGAAUCAACUUGUGACGUGGACUGUUGUAAUUAGCUCCAUUGCUGUCCAUACUGUGCAUCAAUAAACAUAUUUCAUUUCAAACGCA